AUGGAUGAACGCUUUACUACGGCGUUGUCUAUAUGGAUUCACAAACCCCAGGUUGUACAUAAAGAUGUAUUUGCUUCAUCUGUUGUAUCCGAAACUGAUGAAUCCUUUGUAAGAGUUAUCUAUCCUAAGCUCCGUACUGGGAUCUGUGAAUUCACUGAAGUUUGUUCCAAAGGAUCAGCUUAUAAGUUUUCAUCUAUCUCCAUCACUUACAUUAUCGAGGAGACGAAUGGUCGCAUUCAAGUUUCCGUCUUGGAUGAGUCUCCUGGGUUUUUCCAGAGUUCUUGGCUAAAAGACGUCCUUGAACAGAAGCUUAAUCUUUGGUAUUCUUGUAAUGCAAAAGUUAAUAUUCCUUCCCUUUCACUAAUUGAUUGCCGUUUAUAUCAAUUGCAAUACGAACGCUUGAAAAAUACCUAUGCACCUACUCUAGUUAAGAACUGGUCGGAGAAAACAGACCCAAUGAAAUUCGUGUAUGAAGAUAUUGGUAUAGCUUGCUACCUUAUAUGUUUAUGGAAAAAUGAUCAUGUUAAUUUCAUCGAUCUUGGUUGUGGGAACGGAUUGUUGACUUACAUACUUUCAUCUGAAGGAUUCACUGGCAUAGGAAUAGAUGUACGUAGGAGGCACAUUUGGAAGUCUUAUCCACUAAGUAUACAACAACGUUUAAAGGAAAUUUCGUUAAAUCCAGAAGAAGUUUGUGGGUUUCCACAAGCCAAUUGGCUAAUCGGGAAUCACAGUGAUGAACUUACACCUUGGUUGCCUAUACUAGCAUGUAAAAGUGGACCAUCAUGCAAACUAUUUGUUUUACCAUGUUGUCCUUACAGUCUUUUUGGAAAAUUCAAUAUCCCGAAGAGUUCACUUUCAUUUUUACCUGACGACAUAAAUGUCAAACUGAUAACAGAAAAUAGUCGAUAUGCUACAUAUCUUAAUUAUAUACAACACAUUUUUGCCAUUUGCAGAUUUGUACCUGAAGUUGAUGCGCUCAGAAUACCAUCAACUAAACGUAUAUGUAUUGUUGGUCGAGAUAUAGUCGAUUUAAAGUGUUUUGAAAAUAAUGAACACUCAAAUCGUUUGUCUGCUGUUAAUAAAUACAUUGAAUACGAACGUGAUAUCACUUCAAAAUCUAACAAAACGUUUGUUGCUCGUCCACCCACAGAGGUUCCCUGUAACUGUACAAGAGUGUCGAAAUUUGUUCUUGACAAAAUAUCACAUACAGUUUUCAAAGCCUUAUUAAUCUGUAAACCAGAUAAAUAUCAUUUACAAUCCCAUAAUCUAAUGCUUUCUGAUGAUUUGAAAAUACGAACUUUGGACAAUCGUUGGUGGAAUCCUGGUGGUACAUUAACUUUAUCAGAGUGCAGUGAACUUGUGUCACUAGAAGAUAUGAAAUUAUUAAAAUCUCAGCAUGGUGGUUUACAAACUGUCUUGAGGAAUCACCAUCAGUGUUUUCGAACUAUCAGAAACACCGUUCAGUUACGUUGGUCACCAGAUAAGAUGGCGAAGCUUAAUGAUUCUGGAUUUCCGUUAUUCAAUAACAAAAUUGGGAAGAAUCGUAAAACAAAACUCUGCUGGAUGUCACUUAACCAUCCAGAUGGUUGUCCAUACACUUCUGAAUUGUGCGACUUUGCCCAUUGCGAAAAUGAAAUUCUCAUAAAAAUCGGUCCCAAGAAACAAUAA